UGUCUUCAUGGCCAUAAAACUCAUGGAGAGAGAAUUUAUGGCAGCCUCCUAUUCCAGAAGUUGCUGCUUUUAGUCAGAUGAAGAAAGCUCCAAGAAGGCUUUUUCGAAUCUCAAAUGUCUUCAUCUUAAAAUAAUCUGUACGAACGCUGGCUUCUGAAUGGGUCACUUCAGCAGUAAGAUAGGAGCCAUUGCGUUUAAUCCAGGUGCCGUGCCUUUGCAGUGGUGCGUCGUGUCUGCUGUGUAGCUGCUGCCCCAAUAGUAAGAACUCCACGGUGACCCGCCUCAUCUAUGCUUUCAUUCUCUUCCUGGGCGCUGCCCUGUCCUGUAUCAUGCUCACAGAAGGGAUGGAGUCUCAGCUGAAGAAGAUUCCUGGAUUCUGUGAAGGGGGCUUUAAAAUCAAUGUGGCUGAUAGAAUGGCAGAUAAAGACUGUGAUGUGCUGGUGGGUUAUAAAGCUGUGUAUCGGAUCAACUUUGCCUUGGCCAUCUUUUUCUUUGUCUUCUCUCUGCUCAUGUUAAAAGUAAAAACAAGUAAAGAUCCCAGAGCAGCAAUACACAAUGGGUUUUGGUUCUUCAAAAUUGCUGCCAUUGUUGGUAUCAUGGUUGGCUCUUUCUACAUCCCUGGGGGCCAUUUCGCCACAGCCUGGUUUUUUGUUGGCAUGGUAGGGGCCUUCUUGUUCAUCCUCAUCCAGCUAGUACUGUUGGUAGACUUUGCUCACUCUUGGAAUGAAUCAUGGGUAAAUCGAAUGGAAGAAGGAAAUCCAAGGUGUUGGUAUGCCGCUUUACUCUCCGUCACAAGCGUCUGUUACAUCCUGUCAGUCGUCUUUGUCGGGUUAUUCUACGCAUACUACACCAAACCGGAUGGCUGCACAGAGAACAAGUUCUUCAUUAGUAUUAAUUUGAUCCUUUGCGUUGUAGUUUCUGUUAUAUCCAUCCUUCCAAAAAUUCAGGAACACCAGCCUCGUUCUGGUCUCCUGCAGUCCUCUCUCAUCACCCUCUACACCAUGUACCUCACCUGGUCAGCCAUGUCCAAUGAACCUGAUCGUUCCUGCAACCCUGGCCUGUUCAGCAUCGUUACACACAUGACCGCACCAACUUUGGCUCCUGGAAAUUCAACUGCUGUAGUCCCUACCUCUGGUCCACCCUCGAAGAGUGGGCAUUUUCUGGAUCUAGAGAAUUUUAUUGGGCUGACAGGCUUUGUUCUCUGCCUUUUGUAUUCUAGCAUCCGCACUUCCAACAAUAGCCAAGUAAGCAAGCUGACCUUGUCAGGAAGUGACAGUGUGAUCCUCCGUGAUACAGCCACCAAUGGAGGCAGUGACGAAGAAGAUGGACAGCCUCGGCGGGCCGUGGACAACGAGAAGGAAGGAGUGCAGUACAGCUACUUCUUAUUCCAUUUCAUGCUCUCCUUGGCUUCCUUGUACAUCAUGAUGACCCUGACCAGUUGGUACAGCCCUGAUGCAAAGUUCCAGAGCAUGACCAGCAAGUGGCCAGCUGUGUGGGUCAAGAUCAGCUCCAGCUGGGUCUGCCUCCUCCUCUAUGUCUGGACCCUCGUGGCUCCACUCGUCCUCACCAAUCGUGACUUCAACUGAGUCUCUGAGAAUUCAUAAAGGUCUGCUUUGCUGAAAGCCCAUAUCUAUUUUAAUUUUGCUUCAACUAAAAUAUUAAGUGAACAGUUUGCAAAUUUGAGUAUACCCAAGUUUCUGUCAGAGGCCAGGCUGAGUAAUGCUUGAUGCAGGAUCUCUACUUUUCAUUUGUAUGUAUAUUAUGUUUAUUUGUAAGGAUAUAUCGCAAAGGGAACAUUUUGCGUUUUAAAGUGAACCACAGCUGUGCUGUGAAGAGUUCUUUAUUGAGACCUGUAGGAUCUUACAACUUUGAUUUAAAAUAUAAGAAAAAUGUUGGAUAUUUGAGGCCAAUCGUUAAUAUAUUUCUAUUGCAGUAUCCUUAAAAAGCAAAAAAAAAAAAAAAAAAAAAAAACCCACCAUUUGUAGGACAGGUUUCUUCUGUGAAAGUGUUUACUUGUGUGACGCGGGCACUCUGGAGUCCGUCAGCCCUACUGUGUGCAGCGGCAGAGUGCGGGGGAGGAGCCUGGGGAGGAGCGUGUGGGUCCUUCCCCGGAAGAGCAGGGAGGCUGCGGGCUGCGGCUUCUGCAGCUGGAGUCUGUUCGUUCCGGGGUUUACACUACGGCGGGGAAGCUGCGCCGCUCCAGCUUUGCCAGGAGUGCUUUCCGUGAGCGCUUUGUAGGUUUGGUUAAAACGAAGAUUCACUUGGGAAAACAGUGCGACUUUUGGUCUAUGUACUUACUUGUUAUGAGUAUGUAAAGGUAAAAUGCAUGUGAAUUCAUCAUAUUUGCACUACAAAGUUAUUUGAUUAAAACAGAGACUUAAGCUUUGAA